GGCGGAAGGUGUGUUUUUUAACAAUCUACGAUGCUGCGCAGGUCGUGGUGGUGGUGCAGGAAAUUUUGUCCCGAGUGCAGGCCGCGUUUGCAGCCGGCGGGGGCGCAGAGCACCAGAGCCCGCGAAACCGAAAGGGAAACGUGCACGCCGCCGUGGAAGAGCUCAUUGUGAUCCGGGUAUUCGACUUUGACAGAAUCCUGUUGCCCUUCGAGCUUCUGUGGCAGCAGCUACAGGUGGAAUUGGCAACGCUCACAACAACUCUACACGUUGUAGUCGUACUUUCGCAGAAUCAAGCGACUGCUUUGUGUCGUCUUGGCAAAGCGCCGCUCACUUCAUCGGACGUGUUCUGCGUUUUAGACUGCAGUCUUCCCCAACCGCAUUCGGAGGGCGCAGCAUCGGCGAGUAAAGAAUCAAGCCGCAGCGCAGAAGUAGCACAUGACAUAGGAAGAAGUGGAGCGGAAAAAAAUCUGCAACAAAAUACGAGGAGGGCAGGCCACCUGGAACAAGGUCUAGCCUCUUUUGAUGUCAUGUGCGAGUACUUGACGUACGGCAGCGACUUGCGAGUCGACGAGCCGCGUUCCUACUUGCGCAGCUCUGCCACCACACCCUUGGAGGACUUGCAGCGCGACUUGCAGAGGCUCCUCGAAGAGCGGGACCGCGGGGAGGGACGGAUCCUGCGAACCUUUGUGGAAGAUUACGUUAUUACAUCCGCGCCCCUAGGUGCUGGCGAAGGAGCGCACGACGCGCGCUCGCAGCACCAGAAGUUUCUGGACCUACUCGAGAACUUUCACAGGACCCGAACGUCUUUGGAGACGUCGGUGUCGGAGAAAAAGCGCAUAAUUUAUCGGCUCUGGACAGAGUCCGGAGAAAUCAUGGCACCGAUUGCGCGUGCCGUUUGUGGGAAACUGGAAGAGGCGCAGGCUGCGAAAGGAGAGGCUUUCAAAUGCAGCUGGCCGCUGUUGCAGCGCUGCCUUGCUGCAAACAAACAUUUGGCACAGCGCUCCGGACUAGGAGCAGGGUACACGACAAACGCACCAAUAGCAACUAGUGCAGCGCAGGAUCACCAGUUUCCCGCUACCAAUACGAGUACAAGUAAAAGCGACAAAGGUGAGGGAAAAGUCGAUGAGUUUGCGAAGGAGGUACAGCUCUUCUUGCACCAUGAUAUCGGUAGUGCAAAUUAUAGCGAACUGGCAGGCACUGCGAAUGAGUCCUCCCCGGUGUUCUUUGGCGCAUUCGGCGGCGAGGGUGCUACGGCAAGCAGAAAAAACGACCUGCGAAGUGUUUGUCCCGGAAAGGUGAUCACUUUCGCAAGUAAUAGUUCGAAAAGCGUGGCCGAGACGAAGCAACUGAUCGAGCAUUUGGCGAACCGAAUCGAGUUUCUGUGUGAGAAAUUUAUGGUACCUUUGCGGAUACCCUUUCUGGUGUUUGUGACGGCGAACGGAUCGGAGAAUCUGCUUGUGGAGCAGUGUCUGCGAUCGCUGUUCAGGAUCGCAACUGGUGCUGCGGUCCCGACGACCAACCGCACAGACCUUCACUGUGUCACGUUUCGCGAAGGACUCACGGGCGGCGGAAUGAGAGCGGCCACGGAGGGCGCGGCUCAAACCUCAGCAAAGCUGGGGGAACUGGAUAAUCGCGUGCGCUCGCUGUUGUCCUCUUGCGCGGGGACGACACCGUCGACCCAGCGCACUGGAACGUCCACGAGGAAGAGCCACCAGAUCGACCAGCUCAUGCGGAUCGCUACGUCUAGUGCCGCGGAGCGGCGCGGCAGUACAGGUGUCGUCGAAACAGAGACAGAAGUUAUGUUUGAGGUCCCGGCAUGGCGACGAAACCGGCGUGCACUUUUGCUGAAAAACGUGAUUGGUACCGACAGCACCAGCGUACGGGCCAUGCUCCUUUGCAGGCAGCUCCUGUCAUCUGCGCCCGUCGCGGAGGAGAGUAGCGCCUUCGUCUUUCUCACGUGCGCGCGGCAAAAGCUACACGUCCUCCCCGCUUGGAUUCAGGAGAAUGCCAUCUUCGUGGACGGCCUGGCCUUUCUGCCGUCGGCCUGAGAGGUGUUUCAUUUCCUUGACGAAGAACAGAGUUGUACUUGUAGAUGACUUUUCUUGAUAGGCUGUAUACUUUUGAAUUGAGUUAUUAUAUUAAUGGCGUCAGCUACGAGAGAGUUGCUUUGAACCCUAUCUGUUACGCACGAGAGAUAGAACAAUGGAAACGAUAUGCAGUUUUCGUCGAGCUGUCAUUCAGCAUGUAGAAGUAAAGUUUGGUACUACGCAGCUUGUUCUGCUUGUUUCUUUUUCGCUGCGAUGCGACAAAAGCAUUGCAGCUUUUUACUUUCGAUGAGUAUAAAAUCAACAUGCAGCAAAUGCAUAGCGUUUCAUAUUCCCAGUAGUGAUUUUUGAUUUAAAGUAGAAGUGACAGGUUUCGAAAAACAAAAUAGCGUAUCUGCAAAUCUGUGGACUUGGAAAAAGUUUUUAGGAAUGGAAAUCCAUUAAAGGAAAACGGCGGACGGC